AUUUUUUUUUUGGUUAUGCAUUGUUGAUUAUACAUUUCUAUUAUCACACCAGUUUUUGCUUUUCUGGGUAUCAAAAUUCCAAGUUAAUGAAUUAGACUUUUAGUUCAAACUGUAGAAAUUUUCAUUUAUCACUAUGGAUAACCUAAGAUUGCAGUCAUGGGUUUGAAAAAGUUGGGUUUUAACUUAAGUUGGGUUUUUAUGUUCUUCUUGAUAUUGACUUUGAAUUUUGAUUUUAGGAAUAGAGUAUUUUUCAAGUUCUUCUGUAGCUUGGGAAUAAAGCUGCGUUUUUUUACUUGGAAGCUAUUUUAAGUGAUGAUCUUGCUUUGAAAUAUCAACCAAAUAUUGAUUUUUUGGGUAUGUCUCGUGUAAUUUAUGUUAGCAGGAGAAGAAACUUUGAUUUUACUGAGAUGGGAGUGAUGUGUAGGAAAAGAUGUUUUAAAGGAAUCAUUUGGUUCAACUCUCAACUUAGCCAAUUGAGAUCAAUGAUGAUGAUUAUUAGACAAAGAAAAGCCUUCCCAAAAUUUCUCCUUCUCAACUUCAUUCGCCUCUCAACAACCGAAUCAACUCGCCCACUACCACUUUCUAAGACCAGUCCGUCCCCAGUUAACCCAGCCCACCUCCUUCGAGUUUGCACCAUCCUUUACCAACAACAAGACUCGCCCGAGUCACGCCUCCACUCUAACCUAUCUGCCUCAGAGUUCCAACUCACCCACGAGUUCUUCCUUCAAGUCUGCAACAAGUUCCCUUACUCAUGGAGACCUGUUUACAGGUUCUUUGAGUUUACUCAAACCGAUCCACUUUUCAAACAUUCAUCGGUCUCCUUCAACAAGAUGCUGGAUGUCAUUGGUCAUUCCCGGAACAUUGAUCUCUUUUGGGAAGUCCUUCAUGAGAUGGGACGUCGUAGGUUGGUGAAUGACAAGACUUUCAGGAUUGCAUUGAAGACCUUAGCUGGGGCGAGAGAGUUGAAGAAAUGUGUCGAGUUUUUUCAUGUUAUGAAUGAUUAUGGGUUUGAGUAUAGUGUGGGGACUUUGAACAAAGUGGUGGAGACUCUUUGUGGGAGUAAGCUCGUUGAUGAAGCUAAAUUAUUGGUUUUCAAGUUGAAAGAUUGGAUUAAGCUUGAUGGAUUUACCUACAAGAGUUUGAUUGAGGGUUUUUGUCAUGUGGGUAAUUUGAUAGAGGCUUCAAAGAUGUGGAACUUGAUGGUGGAUGAAGGAUUCGAGCCAGAAAUUGAUGCGGUUGAGAAAAUGAUGGAGACCUUUUUUAAGGCAAAUCAAUUUGAUGAAGCGUUUAAGCUUUUCCAGGCAAUGAGGUCUAAGAGGAUGGAAGAUUUGGGGCUCUCAACUUAUAGGCUUGUGAUAUAUUGGAUGUGCAAAAGGGACAAGGUUUCUCAAGCCUAUGCAAUGUUUGAAGAGAUGCUCGAACGAGGGAUUCAAGUUGAUAACUCGACUUUGGGAUCACUAGUAUGUGGGCUUUUAGCUAGAGGCAGAGUGAGUAUGGCUUAUAAGAUUGUGGAAGCGAUUGAGAGACCGGAUAUUAGUGUGUACCACGGUUUGAUUAAGGGGUUUUUGAGAUUGAAAAGAGCAAGUGAAGCUACUCAAGUGUUUAGAUUAAUGAUAAAUAGAGGUUGUGAGCCAAUUAUGCAUACAUAUAUAAUGUUAUUGCAGGGACAUUUGGGAAAGAGAGGAAGGAAAGGAUUGGAUCCCCUUGUGAAUUUCGAUACGAUUUUUGUUGGCGGUUUGGUUAAGGCCGGAAAGUUAUUGGAAGCUACAAAAUAUGUUGAGAGAACAAUGAAGAGAGGAUUAGAGGUACCUAGAUUUGAUUAUAAUAAGUUUUUGCAGUAUUAUUCCAAUGAGGAUGGGAUUGUAAUGUUUGAAGAGGUGGGGAAGAAGUUGAGAGAGGUUGGUUUGGUUGAUUUGGCUGAUAUUUUUCAGAGAUAUGGGGAGAACAUGGCUACUAGGGAUAGAAGAAGAAGAAGAAACAAAGCUAUUGAUUCAUGAUUCAUGACAUGAGUUGCAUGAAAGGUCAUUUUAUUUGGUUUGUCAAAGUGUGUAGAAUCUGUGUAAAACAAUUGUAUAUGUAUGAAAUGAAUUUAGAUUUUUUUUAUUUAGCAUAACUUUGUGAUUU